GGGUGGUUCGGUUUGACGAGUCACGAGCCGAGAAGACAGGUUCUUUUAUCGUGGUUGGGCCCGCACAACCCUUCUCGUGGAUCGUUAACCGUGGUUGCGGGUCUUAAGGAUGCGAGAAUAUUAUCUGUCUGGAGAGGGGACACUGCCCACGUGGAUAUUGGCUCGUUGGACGAAAACGGAAUUUUCAGAUUCGUUUUCAAUGACUCGUUCGCCAGCUUCAAUCUCAGCCACACGUCUACGCCGAACGAGACUUAUCUGACGUACAAUACUAUCGGUGGGUAUGAAUUUUCGUGGCUUGUGAUGGCUUCAACGGGCCAUUUCGAUGAAUAUAGGGUGAUGAAAGGGAGGCUCUCGAUAGUUCGGCAUUCGUUAUGUGAUGAAGAAAUUACGGUUAAUUCGAGUUUUUGCUUGGAUGAAGUAGCGCCGCAAAUUCAGAAGCAGAGUACGCCUUUUUUUAACUUGUUGUGA